AUGGCGUUUUUAAAAGGUUGGCGUUAUGGUGCAUUGAUAGGUGGUUUAGUUGGUUUCGUUGGGUUGACUUUAUAUCCCAUUGCUUUUAGUCCUAUGAUGGAUCCGUCACAAUAUAAGGAGAUUCAAAAGGAAACAAGAAAAAAUAUCAAACAAGAAGAUAUUCAACCAGGCAACAUGAAAGUUUGGUCCGACCCCUUUGGCAGGAAGUAG